UCAACGAUGACAUAGGUAUAUUUUAUUUUAUGUUUAUUUCAUCUUCUUGAACUCCUACAUAGUGAAGUCAUAUUGAAGUGAUAAGCAUUUCUUUAUUUUCACCAAUAUAGAAGACAAAUCUAAAAGAUAGCUCAAGAAAAUGUCUGCCACGGCUUUAUUCGGAAACACCUCUGCACUAGGUGGAAGUUCCGGGGGUAACAAACAUUUAGUAGAAUUUCGCGCUGGAAGAAUGACUUUAAAAGGCCGCAUGGUACAUCCAGACAAAAGGAAGGGUCUGCUAUAUGUGUACCAAGGGGAGGAUUCUUUGAUGCAUUUCUGUUGGAAAGACCGUACUACCGGGGAGGUGGAAGAUGAUCUUCUGAUUUUUCCUGAUGACUGUGAAUUUGUACGCGUGUCUGAAUGCACUACCGGUCGAGUUUACGUGCUCAAGUUCAAGUCCUUCUCUAAGAAAUACUUCUUUUGGAUGCAGGAGCCUAAAAGUGAUAAAGAUGAUGAAUACUGCCGCCGCAUCAAUGAAGCAUUGAACAACCCACCAACAUCUGGAGGCCGCGGGGGUGGUGGAGGUGGAGCACAAGACGGAGAACUACAAAACCUACUAAACAAUAUGUCUCAGCAGCAGCUCAUGCAGCUCUUUGGAGGCGUUGGCCAGAUUGGGGGCUUGUCGUCCCUUCUUGGAACUAUGGGUAACAAUAGCAGCAGUUCCGGCAGUGGAGGUAGCACACGCGCAUCUGGCGGCAGUAGCGCGAGCUCCCGCGGGGGCAGUGCGCCUCGUACCAGUGAGCCCGCGCCCGCGCCCGCUCCUGCCGCAGCCGCACCCGCUGCGCCUGCACGCGCCACGCCUCGCCGCGAGGUGCCCCCCGCAGCCACGCCACCCAAUACUGCUAGCGCCACGCAACCGCGCAGCGGACAGAUCUUCCUAUCCGACUUGCAGCGCUACUUCUCGGCCUUAGGCAAUGCACCUCCGGACGCGGCUGGUGCAGGGGGCGCGACGGGUGCGGAGGGCGGGACCGGCAGCCCUAGUGCUGGAGCUAAUCGCUUGGAGCUGGGCGCAGCGCUCGCCUCCUCCGACGUGGUGGCGGCGGCCAGCGAGCCUCGCAACGCUCAGCGCCUGGCGCCGCACCUGCCGGCCACCGGAGCCGCGCCCGACGCAGCCGCCGCCGGCGCCGCCAAGGCCCACGACGAUGUAAGGACCACCCUACUCUCACCGCAGUUCGCGCAGGCCGCUAAUCAAUUCUCUGCAGCGCUAUCAUCUGGUCAGAUGGGUCCUGUGAUGAACCAGUUCGGAUUGCCCCCGGAGGUGACUUCUGCUGCGAGCACCGGUGACAUGCAGGCAUUCUUCAAAGCAUUGGAGAAUACCUCCAACGCCUCCGAUUCCUCCAAGAGCCAGGAGGAAGACAAGAAGAAAGAAAAGGCAAAGGAAGAGAAAGAUGGCAAAAAAGAUGAUGAUGCUGGGAUGUCCUUAGAUUAAUUUCAUUUGGAAAUAAUAUUUAGGGUUCAUCCUUAGAAAUAUUUUCAAUUUAUAUAUCGCUUUUCAAUAGUGUAGCUUAUUUUAUUCUAUCUAUAUGUAGUGUUGUCGCUUUCUAGACAUAUGUAAAGGUUAGUUAUAUAAUAUGUGUAGACAUAUAAAUUAAAUGAUUUAUGUCACUCCUUACAUAUAUAUUAAAAUAAUGAUGUAAAGGCUUUCAUAUUAUGUGCUGUUUAUGCCGACUUAACAUAGUAUGUACUGGCUUUCUAUUUUUUAUUUAUUUUCCUAUGUAUUAUAAACACAUGACCAUUAAUACAUU